UGGCAUGCUACGAGGAUGACAGCUAUGCGGCGCUACUUGGCAGUCAUGGCAGAUACCGAUGAUGGCGAUGCAUCGUCAAAUCCUAAAGCAGAUGAAGAAACGAAAUCAGAGGAAACGGAGGAGGUUUCUGUGACUGUGGAUGCGGAGAAAAGGCUUGAACCUCCCACUGUUGUAGAAGCUCAACCAACAACCCAACAGCAAUCGAAAAUCAGUAUUCUGAUGAAGGCAGCUGGAGAUGCUCCGAUCUUAAAGGUGCGCAAGUGGGCAGUUGACCCAGACAGAACACUUUCCACAGUAAUAGACAAACUCAACAAGAUACUCAAAACUGCGGAAGGAGAGUCGGUGUUUGUGUAUGUCAAUCAGUCCUUCGCUCCAUCACCAGACCACAAGCUAGGCACCUUACAACAGUGUUUUGGGAGCGAUGGCAAGCUUGUUCUUCACUACUGCAAGUCGCAGGCGUGGGGCUAACUCGUGGCUCCAUCUAGUGGAGAGUUGGUUGUAAUUACGGCUGUUCUUUUCCACCAGGCAAACACUAACAGUCGAGUCGCAUGUUUAAUGUCGCAUUUUUGGCAUUGCACUGCAAUAUAUUCAGUACCACACUUUAAUGUCUUUCAUUAAUUAUUCUCUGCAGUUUCUGGUGUAAUUGUUUAUGCUGGGUAUAGUAUAUGCUCACUUAGUGCUCAGUUACUAUUAUAGUGUUACUUCGAUGGCAAAGUAAUGGGGUGCAGACUAGUAUUACUAUCUGUAUCUGCAUCACUGUCUGAAGAGUAGUUCACUAUUAAACAAAAGUCCUCCAGAUGGUGUGUGCCUAUCGAUGUUAUUUGAAGCCAAGGCAGAUUUUUAACCGUUUGGGUGAUGCAGUAGAGAUAAUAGACUUUAGUAAAGAGUUCUAGUCGCUGACACACCGUGGAAUACGUUUUGGAAAAUAUUGGUGUGAAAUGUAGGUAUUGAGAUAGCCUUCGAGUGUCUGUUCCUAGGUGGUCAAAGGUUGACUUGAACAUUGGCGAGAGCAGGAAUCGUUACCAUGUCAUUAAUCUUUUAGAGGAAGACAAGAAGCUGGUCUUUUUCUCUCGGAAAUCUUCUCAACAAUUCUUCUACUAGUAAUUAACUGAAGAAAUAUCAGCUAAUCAACAGAUGGCAUUGCAAGAAAUUUGUGUUUUGCAAUAAGUAUUGUCGGACAUGUAUAUAACAUUGUAUGUAUAUUGUAUUGUGAAGUUAAUAUAUGAUAUAUGAUUAUUA